AUGUCUCUCCCCCCCGCGACGAAAGAGAUCUCGGACCACCCCGCGAAGAACACCGUCACCGAGCCCGUCAACCGCCGCCAGAAGGAGGAAGAUGUCAAGCGCAAGUUGAAGCUCUACGGCGUGGUCCAAGCCCUGCGCGACGGCCGCAUGCCGUCCAACACCCAAAUCGACGCCGCGCUCAAACACCUGCUCGCGAGCGAACCUGUGGACGUUGACGCUCUCAGCGUGGACGGCAAGAAGCUGAUCGCCGAUGCGCGCGACAUCAUCGAGACCGCGCGCCUGCUCGUCUCCGACAAGAACGCGGACGAGCUCUUGCAGAACUUUAUCUGGCACACGCGCGACGUCGACUACGACCGCGUCAAGAAGGACCCGACGGAGAACGUCGACAAGGACGCGCUGCAGGAGAAGAACAAGCAGGCGCCGCAGCACCUCCGCACGCUGCUCUCGCUCGUGCUCACCAACUCGGAGGCGCGCAAGCUCCUGAGCGACUUUGCGCUCAUCGGCCGCGACCUGCUCGCCAAGGGCGCUAUCAAGGCGGCGGAGCAGAUCAGGCCGGACGAGGAGCGGCUGAGGCGCGUCGACGAGCCGGCGCCGGAGAACGAGUUCGUGUCGAAGGACGGAGAAAGGCUCGGCCCGCACGACGGGACGCCGGUGCCGCAGGUACGGGUGCCUGGCACGGGCGUCACGGUCGAGCAGCAUCCGAAGGAGAAGUUGGGGGACGGCGCCACGAUCAAGACGGGAGAUGGGGACGCGGUGAGCGGGGCGGAGGCAAAGGGGAAGGUGAGGCAGAAGGCGGGCGAGACGAAGGAGGAGGCGAGGGCGAACGCCGACGAGGUCGCGCAGACGACGAACGGCGUGCCGCAGACGGAGGAUGAAGCCGAGGCCGGGAAGAAGACGCUCAAGAGCAGACUGUUUGGGUUCAAGGACGCUGUGUCGAGCAAGGUUCCCGACGAACACAAGGAGAAGGUCCGCGAGCAUCGCGACCGCGCCAGGGAGUUCUUCACGGAAGAGUAUUUCCCCGAGGAGAGGCGCGAUCAGUUCAUCUUCCGAUUGAAGAAGGUGGUUAUCGAGUGUCAGAAACACAAGGACUACCAGGAGUCGAUCCGGUGGUUGAUCGGCUAUGUGGAAGACUACGCGAACCAUGGGAUCGGCGUCGCCAAGACCGGCAAGGAAUCUACUGGACAGUUGAAGGAGGACGGGUCGCUUCAGCAGGCCACUACUGAGCUCCGCACGCUCUUGGAGCGGUUCGCGAACAACCAGAAGAUGACCCCGAUCUUCGAUGCUGUCAAUGCGCUCGUUCAGGACUCGAAGAACGACGAAGAGCUCAAGGGGUGGUUCAAGCGCGUCGAUGCGUACUUGCGUAAGGUACUGCUGGAAGCCGGCUACGUCAUUCAGCAGGAGUCCACGGACGACGCGAACGCGUUGAAGGAAGACGGGCGCCGGUUCUACGACGACAAGUACAAGCAGCACUUUGACCACUUGUUCAGGAACAUUGGUGACUUCUUCAAGGCGAUGGGCGAUGAUCCCCUGAACAAGAGGUUCGGGCAAGACUGGGCGAGCCUGACGAAGGAUCUGCUUUUCGACAGCGACGGCAGCCUGAAGUUCAAACCGCACUUGUGGCGCGAUAUCCGUACCGUUAUCGCUCCGGCCCUCGUGGAUCAGGUCGGCUACAUCCCCAUCCCGCGCGUGGAGUAUACGGACGCGCAGUUCGAUAUGAUCAUCGAGAACUUGACCCUUUCGGGCCGCAAUCUGCUCCCAAACAUCAUUGCCAUAGAGACGGAUAAUUUCCUCAAGUUUAGCCCGUACGAGAAGAUCAAGGAUGAGCAUCAUCACGAGCUCACCAUCACACUUGCUCAAAUCCAGGCCGACAUGCGCGAUGUCGCCUUCUGGUUCCGCAAGAAGAGCGGGUUCCCCAAGCUCCAAGACUCUGGUCUGGCCGAUGUCCUCCUCGGUGGCGAAGGCUUGACCGUGACCGUCCACCUCGUCUCCGCUGACAAGGACCCGAGCUCGGUGUUCAAGGUCAAGAACGUCGCCGUCAAGGUCGACACCUUGAAGUUCUCGAUCCGCGACUCGAAGCACGAUUUGCUGUACAAGACGCUCAGGCCGCUCGCGACCGGGUUGGUGAAGAAACAGAUACAGAAGGCGAUCGCGGACGCCAUCACGACCGGGCUGGAGUACGUCGACGGGCAGCUCGUCGGCGUGCGUGACCGCAUGAGCGAGGCGAAGGCCUCUGACGGCACUAGUCGCAGGGAGGUCCUCAAGCAGAUGUUCCAGGAUAAGAAGCAGACCGCCAAAGCGGAAGCUCACAAGGAGAAGGGCUCCAAAUUCCAGGUCGUAUCCAAGCGCGAUUCGGUGCUUCUUCCAAACCAGGGAUCCCCUGCCGGAUGGAUCAACCGCGUGCAGGAGCGAGAGGAGGCCGCGUCGAGCGGCAAAGACUGGCGUUCGGACGCGUUUGAUGUUCUGUGAAUCCAACGAUGAAUCCGUGUUGCGAGUGU